AUGCGGGCGCCGCCGCGGCGGCUGCUGCCUCCGCCCUGGCUCCUGGCGGGGCUGCUGCUGGCUGCGCGGUGCGCGGGGGCGGCGGCGGCCGCCUCCCCGCGCCCCACGGGGACGGCCGUCGGCGCGGCGGCGGAGGCCACGCGGAGCAGCGGCGGCGGCGGCCGCCUGGCCGAGGUGUCGGCGCCGCCUGAGCAGGGCCAGCCCAUGACGCAGCGUGCCCUGUCCGUGCUCGUGCUGGCCAGCGCCGCCCUCAUCGUCUACUUCGUGAUCCGGACCGUACGGCUCAGAAGACGAAACAGAAAGACCCGAAGAUACGGAGUUUUGGAUACAAACAUAGAAAACAUGGAGUUGACUCCAUUAGAACAAGAUGAUGAAGAAGAUGAUACAACACUAUUUGAUGCCAAUCAUCCUCGAAGAAUGACCAAAGGGAGUACAAAAGGCAUGUAAGAACACCGACACACUGAGGACAACUUGAUGAUAAGUACGUGCCUUUCAAUGAAAGAACUUAAUCAUGAAACUAGAGAAAGAAAUUACUUUACAGGAGGAAUAAGAACCAAAACAGCAAGAGGGUAUGGAAGUUGGGAAAUAAUUUAAGUUGUGUAUAUUAUGGCAUCCUUAAUUUGUUGCAAUAAAUACUGUACCAAUUUGUUUUACCUUUUUGUAUAUAUAGAGAAUUCUAAAUGUAAAGCCUAAGGAGCAAGUGUGCACUAAAACCAAAACCUACUUGGAAGCAAGAUUACUUCUAAAACAGGGUAUUUCUUUGCUUGUUCUAAAUCUCGUAUGCCAUUAGUGUGGUGUACACCUUUUUCUACAGUAACUUGGAAUGUUAACUAACUUUUUGCUGAUGUAAAAUUGUAAGUAAACGUAAGUAGCAUAGCCUCUGUGAAAUCUUCAAUAUUGUUGGAACUUGAUUUUAGUUGAGGAGAUGCUUUACCCUUUACAAACAAAGCCAGACUACUGUCUUUUGUGUUAAGAUUUUUUUAAACUGAAUUAACAUAUUGUAUGUAAACUAAGUGUACAAAUAAAAACGUUUACAAUG